ACUGUGCCGAGCAGCCAUCACCCAAAAGAAAAUCACAUUUAAAAUGUGUAAAAUCCAAAAUUACAUAUUCUAAACCUGAAAAACAAAAUAAAAACCGUAAAAUAGUGUGACGAAAAAGUGAAAAAUCUCCCUGGGGUUCGAGAUGGGUAAAAUCCAAGAAAUGGCUGCUCCAACCCAAUGGCACAUUAACACAAUAAUGUAAUCUCUUAACAUAGUGUAGUGUAAAGAAGUCUUCCAAACUAAUUGUAAUUAGAAAAGUUAAGUGUUAGAUUUAAUAAAAAAAUAUAGUGUUACUAAAAAUCGAUGUCUUCCCGUUAACGUCAAUUUUACAUGAUAUAAUAAAAAAUAUUUAUUCGUAAUUAUUAAUUGUUGCGCAAGUGUGACACUCUUGUACUGUUACAAAAAAUUGGAACACAGAUAAAUUGAAAAUAUUUUUUGAAAUAAAAAAAAUCAAAAUGAUAAAUCUGGGUCGAUUCAAGUUACCACCCCUGAAGAAUGCCUUGGAUGUGGCCAUGCAAACGGUGCGGCAGCAGAUUCCUGAUAAGUCAGGAGCAGGACCUUCGCCUCGCCCUCCACAGAACGUCAGAUUUGCCAAUUUGGACAACAUGGGGGAGAGCUGCGAGUUGUCCACCAUGAACGAGACGACCUCCCCGACGUACCAGUCCACGAACCCCACCAAUCCCUUCCUGAGUGGGGAGCUGCAAGCCGAAGACUCCUUCACCAGCUACCAGAACACCUAUCCGCAGCAAGAUGGAGCGCCAAGAACUCAAAGUAUGCAGAGUGUGGACUUCUAUGCUUCAUCAGAAGAAGGCGGCUUCGAAGAGGGCGGCAAGCCUGGCGCUAAAAUCAACGAGUUUCAAGCCGCUUGGAACGUCACAAAUGCCAUUCAAGGAAUGUUCGUAGUGUCCCUACCAUUCGCCGUGCUCCAAGGAGGCUACUGGGCUAUCGCCGCUAUGAUCGGUAUUGCCCACAUCUGCUGCUACACUGGAAAAAUCCUAGUGGAAUGCCUCUACGAAGACGACCCUGUCACAGGACAACGCGUAAGAGUACGAGACUCGUAUGUCAGUAUCGCUAAAGAAUGCUUCGGUAGGAAAUAUGGAGCGCGAAUUGUCAAUAUUGCUCAAAUUAUUGAACUUCUUAUGACUUGCAUCCUAUAUGUCGUGGUAUGCGGAGAUCUCAUGAUCGGCACCUUCCCUGAUGGAUCUAUUGAUACUCGAUCCUGGAUGAUGCUGACAGGCAUAUUUUUACUUCCUUUAGCAUUCUUGAAGUCCCUGAAAUCUGUCAGCAUGUUGUCUUUCUGGUGCACCAUGAGCCAUUUGAUCAUCAAUGCCAUCGUUCUUGGCUACUGCAUUCUCUACAUCGGUGACUGGGGCUGGUCUAAAGUCAAGUGGAGCUUAGAUUUCGAGAACUUCCCCAUAAGUUUAGGGGUCAUUGUCUUCUCUUACACAUCGCAAAUCUUCCUGCCAACAUUAGAAGGGAACAUGGAGGAUCGUUCCCGUUUCGAAUGGAUGUUGAACUGGUCCCAUAUUGCGGCUGCCGCUUUCAAAUCAAUUUUCGGCUAUCUUUGCUUCCUAACAUUCCAAAACGAUACUCAGCAGGUGAUAACUAACAAUUUAAGAUCAGCUGGAUUUAAGGGACUUGUUAACUUCUUCCUCGUGAUAAAAGCAGUUCUGAGUUAUCCUUUGCCUUAUUACGCUGCGUGCGAUUUGUUGGAGCGUGCUCUUUUCAGGGGCAAGCCGAAGACAAUAUUUCCAGUAAUAUACGCCCUGGAUGGGGAAUUGAAGGUGUGGGGGCUCGCUUGGCGGUUAGGGGUGAUUAUGUUUUCCGUGCUCAUGGCAAUUUUCAUUCCCCAUUUCGCUAUACUGAUGGGCUUCAUUGGAAGCUUUACUGGCACUAUGUUGAGUUUCAUCUGGCCUGCUUAUUUCCACCUUAAGCUUAAAGGCAAUCAGUUGGAAAGCACCACUAUUGCUUAUGACUAUUUCAUCAUCGGUCUAGGUGUUCUCUUUGGUAUCAUUGGUAUGUACGACUCGGGGUCGGCCCUUGUGAAGGCCUUCAAGAUAGGUCUGCCCUUCUAAAUUUCAAAGUAGACUUAGAUAAUUGUUGAUCUAUUUUUAGAUAUACGCAUACUUCGUAAAAUGUUUGGUCGCAAUAAUACGCAGCUUGAAUUGUUGUAUGCACGUAAAUAACUCAAUUAAACUGUUUGACGCAUAUACAUAUUGUAUUUAAAGAAAAUAUUGCUUUACUUUAACAAAUUCGUAUACACACAAAUUAUUAAAGUCUUCCAUUACAAUAUAGUUUUAUAAAUUAUACAUUAUGUAUAUAGAUUGUAAGUUAGCUCUCAUUUUACAAUGAAAAGCAAUUAUGCAAAUAAUCCAAUGUCUUACAAAAAUAUAUUUAUGUUUAUAAUAAUGUAUACUAUAACAACGAAGUCUUCCAAUAAAAAGUGAAUAUGUUAUAAAGAAAUUCAAUUUGCUGGUAAAAAUAUAAACUGCGCGUAAUUAUAUUUAUGUAUAUUUAUAUUAUAUCAUAGUCGUUUAUUGUAUGUAGUUAUUAAGAGUGAUGAAUCUCGCAUAGUUUAGCAUUUCUACAUUAUUUAUCUACCAGACCUUAGGUAGUUACCGUUUACCGUAUUUUUUUAACCAUAAAUUAUACAAAAAUACUCAGUUUUAUAAAAUAUUUUAUAUUAAUUGCAUAAAAUGAUGCUACAUAAUAGUUAAGUUGUGACCUCGGAUUUUGAGACGUUUCUUUACAUUUUUAAAAUAAUUAUGUC